CUGGCUGUGGCGGGACCGUGUCUAUAGUCGACAACAUUAUAAAGACGUGUGUUGACCAGUCUGUCUUUACAAUGGUGAUCGUGUUGUAACGGAGCGUCUCAAUCUCUGGAAUCGUGUCGGCGAGAAGGAAUAGAACAAGCUAUGGGUUUCGACAGUUCAUUGCGUUUGGCCAUCAUGGCCAUCAUGUGCCUUGCACUUGCAACGCCAUCGCAGGGCUGCUGUGAUAUUCGCCAGGGUAUAAUGGAUCGCCCCAGGCUGUGUCCUGGCUUCAAUGUGAACUUUGGCUCCGUUGCGGACAGCCGCAAGACAGCGGGAUUGGCUUGGUCAGUGGAUUACGGCGUGAAGCCAACAUGCAAGUCAGGCUACGCCGCAAUGGGUAAUGUUUCAUGUUUGGCCGACGGAUCCUGGUCUUUCCCGUCCGGUAUGGAUCAAGCGCAGUUCGCCUCGUCCGCUUGUUCCGUCCGAGGAAUUUGCCCUGGAUUCGACGUCAACCACGGAUCAGUACCGGACACCACCAAACCAGCUCGCAUGGCCUUUUCUACCAAUCACCUCGUCACGCCAACUUGCCAGCCCGGCUUCGAGGUGACGGCCAACGUUUCCUGCAUGGGCGAUGGAAAAUGGGUUUUCCCCUCCGGAAUGACUCAAGCGCAGUUUGUGUCAUCUGUGUGCAAAGUGACGCCACCAACUUUCACCUCCUCUGACCUUAACCCUUUGAGAGCCGCCCCAUACUUGAAUGCGUCGUAA